AUGAGCCGUGAACAUGCUCAGUCAGACCUGCUGUCCCGCCUGCUGCAGCUGCAGAGCCGCUUCACCUGGGACCUGCAGCACCAGGACCUGCAGGACCGGGACCUGCAGCACCGGGACCUGCAGCACCGGGACCUGCAGCACCGGGACCUGCAAGACCAGGACCUGCAGCACCAGGACCUGCAAGACCGGGACCUGCAGGACCGGGACCUGCAGCACCAGGACCUGGACAGCCUCAGCACCCGACUCCAAGAACACAUCAAGCUCCAGCUGGGUCAACCAGGGGCGGCUGCUCUGUCCUACAGCUUCCUGGCUUAUGUCAGGUAUCAUCAGCUUCGCCCAGAGGAGGCGGAGUCACUGCUCAACCAAUCAGAGGAGAUGACCAGAGAGUGUUUCGGGGAGGAGAGCGAGCGGCGGCUCGUCGUGACGUACGGAGACCUGGCCUGGCUCAAGUACCACACCGGAGACUACACCCAGGCCCCCCAGUACUGCCAGAGGGUGGAAGAUAUACUGGAGAAGUAUCCGACCGGCUCCCCCUCCGUCCUCCUCCCAGAGGUGUAUGGAGAGAAGGGUUGGACCUACCUCAAGUUUUCCUUUAAGUACUACAGCAAAGCCAUCGACUGCUUCCACAAAGCUCUGGAGCUGCAGCCCGAUGACCGCGAGUGGAACGCUGGUCUGGCCAUCGCUCUCUACCGCAAAGAAUCGUCUUCUUUGCAGAAAGGUUCAGAAACAGAGUCACUGGCCAUCAAACAGCUCCGCCGAGCCGUGGAGAUCAACCCUGCCGACGGCGUCCUGCUGUCCAUGCUAGCUAUACGGCUAGCCGCCGACAAACACCAAAGACCAGAGGCCAAAGACCUGAUAGAGAGAGCGCUGAGCACCGACCCUGACAACCCUCAUAUCACCCGCUACGUGGCCAAAUACCUUCGCAAUCAGGGUGAUGUGGAUGACUCCAUUGCUUUGCUGCAGCAGGCGCUGCAGAGGACCAGCGAGUCAGCUUUCAUCUCCCAUCAGCUGGCUCUGUGCUACAAGAGGAAGAAGAUUGCUGAACACAAGGGCAACAAAACUCAGCGCUGGAGAGCUGAGUGCAUUCGUCACCUGAACAAAGCUGUGGAGCUGAAGCCUUCCUUCGUCCUGGCGCUGGCUGAUCUGGCUCUGAUGUACGGAGAGGAGAAGAACUUCAUCAGGGCAAACGAGUUGUUCCAACAGGCUCUGCAGAUUUUACCAGGAUCAUGUAAAAGCAUUCAGCAGUUUUUCCAUCGGUGCUACGGUGACUUUCAUUUCUAUCACAGCAAACAGGAAGCAGACGCCAUCGCUCACUACAGCGAGGGUCUGCUGCCGCGCCACACCUGGGACCAGAAGCAGUGCGCUAAGAAGCUGACUCAGAUCGCAGAGCGACGGCUGGAAGCAGACGACAGCGACGGCCAGGCGCUCGCUCUGCUGGCUCUCAUCGCUCAGACCGACGGAGACAAGAAGAAAGCAGAGCAGCUUUAUGAGAAAGCUCUGGACUGUGACUCCAACAACCAGGACUUCCUGUCUGCGCUGCUCGAGCUGCGCUUGGAGCUGGCUGACACUAAAAACUGA